AUGCUUCCUGUUUCGUAACGAAUCAUUCGAUCUUUUCCAAAUCAUUGUUUUAUAGUCAACUGAACUUAAUCGCAGGUUAUCUCUCUUGAUCCAAUGGCGUUUCUUGGAUCAAAUUUGCCCACUGAGGUUGGUCUGCGAUUGCUUCUUGUCCCCUUUGAUUCCAACAUUGUAGUUCGAACAGCAUGCUGUUCUGUCGGAGUUGUUUUACCAGUUUACAACACAUUUAAAGCAAUAGAGAGAAAAGAUCAAAAUGAACAACAAAAGUGGCUUUUAUACUGGGCAGUUUAUGGGUCAUUUAGUGUUGGAGAGAUAUUUGCAGACAAACUUAUAUCCUGGUUUCCGCUUUACUAUCACAUGAAGUUUGCAUUUCUUGUUUGGCUUCAACUUCCCACCACAAAUGGGGCUAAGCAAUUAUACAUGAAUCAUUUACGUCCUUUCUUUUUGAGGCAUCAAGCUCGGCUUGAUCAAAUUGCGGGCUUGUUUUACAGUGAAGCGGGUAAAUUUAUUAGUGCUCACCAAGGUGAAUUUCAAUUCAUGAAGACAAUUUUGGUGAAGAUUUUUAUGUCAGCCAAAGAGUUGGUCAACGGUAGCAAUCAACCCAUUGCAACACAAGAGAGAAGAGCAAUCACCGGCCCAAGAGAACAGGUAGAGAGCUCUGAUUCCGACGGUGGUGGUGGUGGUGGUGGUGGUGGGCGCGAUGAUGACGAGGAUGAGUAUGUAUCUGUCCCUGCUGUUUCUUAGACGGUGGCGGCAGCAGUGGUGGUUGAAGAACGUUGACUGAACUUUUCGUGCCCCCUGAUGAAUAUCUUUUAUCUAUCAAGAUUGUAAAUUGGUUUCGUGUAUGCAAGUCAGUUGUGUUCGCUUGAUUUCGUAUACAGGGUUCUAAGUUGGCUUUUGAUCGGUGUAUCGUAGUGAACCUCAACUUCUAUGCGAACUCCUGUAAAUUUCAGUAAGUAGAAUAGUGGAUACAUAUA